AUGGGCAGCCAGUUUGACAUCCUGGUGGGAGUCUGGGGAACUGGCAGCAGCUCUCCUGCCACUCCCUGUCCCCACUGCUGCAGUCUCGCUGUCCCCACACUAAUUCUACCUCAUGGCACCAAUGGCACUGGCCCUCAUCCUGGGUUGGUGUCUGGUGGCAGCGAGCAGAGCUCAGCACCUGCCCCGACCCUCCCUGUGUCACUGCACCCCAGCCAGGGGGUGUCCCUGGGGGACUCUGUCACCCUGCGCUGCCACCUGCCCCUGCCGGCUGCCCGGGUCUGUGUGUACCAGCACAAAUAUUUGAGAUUCUUCAAGAACAUGCACAAGGAGGAGGACACAGCUGAGUUCUCCUUGGUUGAAGUAAGGCAGGAAGAUGCAAUGAAGUAUCAGUGCCAGUACCGAGGGCUGGCUCCACCAGGGACAUCGGAGAAGAGUGACCCCGUGGCACUGGUGGUGACAGGUGAGUGCACUAAGGAAAGCAGAUGGCCCAGGGCUGUGUCCCCACAGAGCUGUGUCCCAUCACUGUCUCCUCUCUGCACUUAGAUUCCAGCUACUCCCCACCUGGCAUUUCCCUGAGCCCUGAGGAACAUGUGGAGAUGGGGACCAAUGUCA